AGGCAAUCUCACCUUAUCCACACUCCGACCACAAUCUUAAUUUCGUAUCACUAUCCAAAUUUUCCACGUCAGGCCCUUUCUCCAGAAAAAAAUCAAAUAAGUCAUCAUCCAUUAAAACCAUAAAUUUAAUCUAGCUCUCUCCUAGCUGCAAUAGUUUUCCACCAUUUCUUUUUUUAGUUUUGUAAAAAAUCUUGAUUUCCCAAACCAAAGAAAAAUGGCAACCAUGAUGAAUUCUAGUGUAUUGGCUUGCAACUAUGCCAUAACAUCAGGAAGUACUUCAGAAUUCAACUCAAGUAAGGUGGUUGCAUUCCCAUCAUCAUCACUUCAGAAAUUGCCAGUGAUCAAGGCACAACAAACUGGUUCAAAAGAAUCUGAUAAUUCCCAAGGAAGAAGAGCAGCCCUUCUCUUCCUUGCAGCUGGAAUUUUCACAGCUGCUGCUUCCACUUCUUCUGCCAAUGCUGGUGUUAUCGAUGAUUACUUGGAAAAGAGCAAGGCCAAUAAGGAAUUGAAUGACAAGAAAAGACUGGCCACAAGUGGUGCAAACUUUGCUAGAGCAUACACCGUUCAAUUUGGCACUUGCAAGUUCCCUGAAAACUUCACUGGCUGCCAAGACCUUGCCAAGACAAAGGUAUGUGUGUUCUUCUAGAAAAAAUCAUCAAAUUUUCCAAGACUAAUGUAAUUAUUGGAAUACGGUUUAAUCUUCUUUUGACUCGAUAUUUGCAGAAAGUGCCAUUCCUCUCUGAUGACAUAGAAUUGGAGUGUGAAGGGAAGGACAAGUACAAGUGUGGUUCCAAUGUGUUCUGGAAAUGGUGAAAAUGUGUACUACAAGACCUUGGGAAUUUAAGAUUUGAUCCAUUGUAUAACACUGUACCUAAACUUUUUGUGAUCAAUUUCUUUCCUCAUCAAAACAUGUGUGAUAACUUGCUCCUCAUUUCCCUGUCCUCGAUUUUGCAUUGUCACAUUGUCUUUGCUUUUGCCUAACACUGCACAUAUACAUGCAUAUAAAUUUUUUUUUGGAAAGUAUAAUCAUUUUUUCUGUAAGAAAUACUCCCUCCGUCCCAUAAUUAUUGUCCAGUUUGGGUUUUUUAUUUUUAGUUCAAAUUGUACUAAAAGUAAAAUCUGAAACUGGACAAUAAUUUUGGAACAGAGGGUCCCUCCAUUUUAAAAUGUAAGUCUUUCUAGACUUAGCACGUAAACUAAGGAGACAAUCAUCCAAUAAUUAAUGUAAAUGUUAAAUAUCUAUUUUAUCCCUCAUUAAUUACAUUAGAACUAUAAACAAGAUUAAAUAAAAAUAGAUUAGCAUCAUUUAUUGAGGGUAAAGUUGGAAAUAUAGUCAUUAAUAUGUCUAGAAUUUGUAAAACGACCUACAUUCUGAAAAAUCUCUCCAAACCUAAAACGACCAACAAAUUGAAAUGAAAGUAGUACAAAUUAAGCAGCAAAAUCAUCAACAAGUUUACGCGACCCUCUGAAAGAAAACUGGUAAUAUCAGGACUGUAGACAUCAAGAGCUACAUAUUCACUGAGCCCUUAUGUACUGUUAGGAAACUGGAAAUUUUAGAAAUUUUGAUCAAUUCUUGGUUCCGUGUACUAGUCUAAACAUUAAAAGGUACGCAGUUUCCAUCUGUAUGCCAGCAUCCGUUUACGUGAGACCAAUCUGAUCUAAGCAGUUUCUGUUGUUGCAUUUCGGCCUUUUCUUUUACAAUUCAUCUUUACUCUCAACUUAAUUUCUACCUGGAUAUCUUUGACUACUUUCAAUUAGCUUGGAAUGUCCUUCUAAAGAUUUCCAGAUUUCUAGCAUUGCUAGAUAUGGUAGAUACCCGCAGUUUACUGCUACAAAGACACGUUCUGGAAACCACAAAAAAAAAAAAAAAAUACAGAUACAAAGAGAAUUCCUUGCCUUAAAUUGGCUAUAUAUAUAUAUAUAUAUAUUUAGUAGUGAUGUCUGGUCGCGCAAUGCGCGACCUUGGCCCAAUAUAUCUGUAGAUCUUAGAAAUAUUUGUAUCUGAAAAAAAAAUAUUUUGUAUUUGGCUUAAUAUAUUUUA